AUGUUAAGUGGACCUCUGCUCGGAUUUUUAGUUUUGGGUCAACUCGGAUUUUUGCUGACCGUUCUCCAAAAGAGGCUGGCAAUUCAUUUCGUCCGAAAAAAACCAGAAGUAGCAUAUCCCAACGGGAUUGAUAAAGAGGUACCUUGUGUUUUUUCCAUUGAACCCUUUAAAGCUGACUCGCCCAUGACCAAAUCUGGUUAUCGAAGUUGCUUAUUCCGAGACAAUAGACCACGUUACGUUACAGACAAAGUGAAGAACUACUGGCUGCAACCUGGCCGUGCUCAUGAUGCUAUUGUUAUAAAAAUUGAUCCAGUCCCUCACAGUCAAAUAGGUCUAGUUCCUGAUCCUAUCACAGUCGACUUAUUUUUAAUUCGAGACGCAAUUACCGAAGCACUUACGCCAGUAGUAUAA